UCUGUGGUCGCAUCUCCAGUUGUUCCCCUCUACUGACUAGAGGGUUUCAGUUUUCCUGUUUUGACUUGGAAUAAACUCUGUUUCUGUAAAGUCGCUUUUGGGUCCUCAUUCACCUGCAUAACAAGAACACUGCCUGGCUGCCCAAACAUGCACACAUUUCACACAGUCAACACAGAUAGUGUCUGUAGUACGUCUUUAUCCACCAGUGAUGUACAUCGUUUGUUUAUCUUUCUUCGGACCCACAGGCCCGGUCUCAAGGCACUCUCGUGUUCAACGUGGUUCCCAUCACAGAUAAACCAGUCAGCAACUAGACGAUAGUGAGUAAUGGCAUGUUUACCGACCUACCCUUCCCUGGUAACAGUAUCAGACAAAUCAUGUAAGCUGAUUGAACCAUAAUGGCACUAAAACCAAAGUCUUUCUCUUGACAAUAGGAGGUUACUAUUACCAAGAAAACCUAUGGCUCAGUUCCUGUCUUCAGUGUUGUAGUAAAGAUAUUUUCAUUGCAUUGUCCUUGUGUCUUGUUAUCUGUUGUAUUGUGUCUCCUGGUGUCCCAGCUGUAUGUGCUUGUCAUGGCAGACUACAGUCCCCAGCAGGACCCGGCCAUCCCCUGCGCCGAGGCAGGUAUGGACUUCAGGAAGGGAGACCUGAUGGAGAUCGUGGACCAGUCAGACACCCUCUGGUGGCAUGCCAAGAAACUACCCAGCACCUCGGCCUGUGCUGGACUUAUCCCCUCCACCAACCUGCUCAGGAGGAAACAGAAAGAGUUCUGGUGGUCUCAGCCCUACCAGCCUGCAUCAAACUCUCACUGUGAAUGAAGAUAAAGACCUGAUGGCCAUUGAUGAAAAGUGUGAUAAAGCUGAGGAGCUAAGAGAAGAGGAGGGUGAGUUCAGCACUAACAUCGAGGGGAUCUAUCUAACUGGGUUUAGACGUAGCCUGCGUCUGUGCCGGCGCCAGCCCCUAAGCACAGGUUCCAGUCAGCAGUCCUGCUACACCCGCUGCUCCGGCAGCUGCUACAGUGCCCUCAACAACCCAUACGAAGAGGUGGUACGAUACCAGUGCAACCCGCAGGACAAGCACCGCCUGGUCACCCUGGUCCCUCUGGCAUUGGAGUGAGCGAACUUCGCAGGCGGUUAAUCGAAAUCAAUCCAGUGACCUUUCAAGGGGCCGUGCCUCACACAACACGAGCCGCUAAGAGCCAUGGGGAGUCUGAUAAAGAGUAUCACUUCAUCAACAGAGAACUGUUUGAGAACAUGGUUUACAACAACAAGCCAUUCAGUCAGUGAGGACACAUGAGCUCAAGGCCUACAUCAUCUAUGUGAAGCCGCCCACCGCAGAACAAAUGAAGGAGACCAGAAAGGACACUCAGAUCGCCACAAAUGACUACGUCAACAUCCCUUUCAAAGAGGAAGACUUCCAGGAGAUUGAGGAGACAGCCAGAAAGAUGGAGUUUCACUACCGCUAGUUCUUCGGAAAAAAAUGUGAUGGGGAACGACAGGCUGCAAGACUCCUGUGUUCAGCUACUGAGGGCUGUGAGGAGGGCUCAGGACGAGACACAGUGGGUUCCUGCCAACUAGAUACGACCCACAGAGGAGUUCUGAUGAGAAAUGAGGAGAAGAGGGGAGAGAACAUAAAAGGAUCACAAACAGGGCAUCGUAAAAGAGGGAAUGGAGAACAACAUGGAUGAGGAGUGGCUGUCACCUUUGGCUGCUACUUCUGAAGAUGCCCUCUGCUCUUCAGUGGAAUUUGUUUCAGAUUGGAUUUCUUGUUUUGUUUAGUGUGAGUUUGAGAGACUCAUACAGAUACUGUCCUUGUGUCUGCUUGAAUCUGUUGUUGACUAAUUUGCCUAUUCAAGGCUAUGAUGGCGCUGGAUUAAACCAAAAAUCAUGUGUCUGUUUUUCUCUGAAAUUGUGUGCAUAGUUGGAGAUAAUGUAUUGAUGUGCUACAUAGGUACGCUAUGAGAGGUUGUAGGUUAACUUCUCAUCUUUCGUUUACAAUCAGAGCAAAUCAUUGUCUGUAUUUUCUUAAUUUCUGUAUUUUCUUAAUGUUUUUAUUUGAUUUAAUAAAAUGAAUGUUAAUGCCAAAGAACGUAUAUUCAAGUGCUCUAGAUUGGUACGAUGUUUCAGUAGGAAGGUGAGCAAGUUAGUGGAGUUGUGUGCUCACCAUUUAACACAAUGUUUUCAUAGUACUGAAGGAUACCUUCAGCACAGGCUGUAAUCCCAGGCUAUUAUUAUACAUAAUAUUUGUUUGUGUAACAUAAUUGGAUAUGGAAUAAUGAUAAAUAUGUGAUGUAUACUGUUACCAAUUUUUAAAAAUACAAUUUUAUGUGUGAACGCGUGUUUUUUAA